AUGCAUUUAUACCUUCGAGAUGCUCCUCAUAGGGCGCUUAUACUUGUGACCAGUUUCGAUGACGAAAGUCGACUCAAUCGGCCUCGAAGAGCACUCGUCUUUCGAGCAGGGGAAGGCGCAAAAGCCAACUCGCAGGCAAUCGUUGAGUUUCCAAAGAAAGAAGAUGUUGACAUGGCCGGGAUGAUACGUCUUACCCAAUACGAAGUCAUGGGAUGUUUGGGUCUUAUUAGUGUGGGAGGAGAGUUAUUCCUAGCGAUAGUGACUUCGGCAGCAGUCAUAGGUAAUCUCACGCCCAACUCGGCUCGCCAAGAACAGGUCUCGAAAAUUCGAGAGGUGGCGUUCUUUAGCUUGAACAGCAGCACAUAUGAUGACCUCUCGCUCGCCUCCAAUGCGCCGACUAGUCCAACUAUUGGUGCCUAUGAAAUGAACGAUACCUACGACCGUGACCCGUUCGGGCAGCAAACACAGACCGCACAGCCCGUUUAUGAACACCCAUGUGCGGCUUUAUCAAAGAUUAUGAGUUCGGGGACGUUUUAUUAUGCUAGCGAUGGCAAGUGGGAUAUCUCCAGUAGGCUCCAAGUACGGGCGAGAAGGCAAGUGCAACAUGACCACAGCACAUUCGACCCGAGGUUCAUUUGGAAUGAGUAUAUCGUCGGGAGCUUGAUGGACUUUCGCUCACGGCUUGAUUCCAAUGAGAGGGAUGAACUAGACACAUGCCACUUUAUUAUUUUGGCAAUCCAAGGUCAUGUUGGAUUGCACUCGAUUCCUUUGCCCGCGCCACCUCGCUCCGGUGGUCCUGCUAUUGCGACAAUAGGCAUGAUAUCUAGACUGGGAUGGAAGCGUGCGGGUACAAGGUUUAAUACCCGUGGCGUGGACGAUGACGGAAACGUUGCAAAUUUUGUGGAGACCGAAACACUGUUCGCUACCACCGAUGCGUCGUGGUCAUACGUUCAAGUUCGUGGUAGUAUACCAUUAUUUUGGGAGCAACAAGGGCUUCAAAUAGGAGGUCAACGAAUCCAAAUCACUCGUGCUCAGGGAGCAUCCCAGCCAGCGUUUGAGAGACAUUUUGCACAACUCAUUGAGGAGUACGAAACGGUUCAUAUUAUCAAUUUGCUCGGCACCAAGGAGAACGAGGCUACUUUAACCUCAGCAUACACUGCUCACCUUCAGACAUUACGCGCGAACGGAAAUGCGGCGGUUACUAUGUCAAACCUCGAUUUUCAUGGGGUUGUCCGCAUGAUGGGUCACGACGCUAUUCCAGCAACCUUGAAAAGCCUUGAUGGUGUUCAAGGCGGCUUGAACAACUACGGGUUCACAAGUGUAGAACACACGGAUAAUGCCCUGAUAACUCCUCAAGUUGGCGUAUUCCGUACUAACUGUCUGGAUUGUCUGGAUCGUACAAACUUCAUUCAAGAUAUUAUUUCAAAGCUGAACCUAGAACACUAUCUACGCAACGUACGGCGCGAAUGGGUUUCUUCGGGCCCCCUGUGGUCGUUCCAUCGCGAGUUGUGGGCAGAGAAUGGGGACGCCUUAUCCAGGAUAUACGCAGGCACUGGGGCCCUGAAUACUAGCUUCACACGAACUGGGAAACGGACCUUUGCUGGACUGUUGGCCGAUGCUACAAAAAGUGUUGCUCGGUCUUACAUUAACAACUUUCAAGAUAAGGGAAAGCAGGCUGCCAUCGAUCUUCUGCUGGGAAAUAUGAAUACACAACAACAAGUUACGAUUUCCGAUCUCAUUCAUGAUUCAGUCCGUGAUGCUCUCGCCCAAAGGGUUGAUGAAUAUUCAUCCCCACAUAAAUUCCAAAUCUUUAUUGGGACAUGGAACCUUAAUGGAAGGCCCCCGGUCGAUAAACUUUUGCCUUGGCUCUUUCCCCGAGCAGAUAGUACAGAACCGGAUCUCUUUGUACUAGGGUUUCAAGAGAUCGUUCCCUUGACUGCCCAGCAGAUUGUUCAAACUGAUCCCGAGAAAAAGCGCAUGUGGGAGGAUUAUAUACUCGAUACCUUGGCGACCCGCCGUGACAGGAACACAGAUUACGUAGUAUUGAGGAGUGAACAGCUUGUCGGGACAGCUCUGAUCGUCUUGUGUAAAGAAGAGGCUACUCGAUAUAUUCGGAAUGGAGCGGUCGGAAUACGACUAGAUUACUACGACUCCAGUUUCUGUUUCGUUACCGCCCAUCUUGCCGCUGGACACAUCAACGUCGAGGAACGGAACAGCGAUUAUCGAACUAUUGCAAACGGGCUGUCAUUUUUGCGCGGAAAAACUAUUAGCAGUCAUGAGAACGUAAUCUGGUUGGCAGACACCAAUUAUCGGAUCAACCUCGAGAAUAACGAAGUUCGGUAUCUGGCCAUGAACGACCAACUUGGAGUUCUCUACGAUGCCGAUCAACUCAAGCUUGCUAUGGAAGCUCAGGCCGCAUUUAUGGGAUACGAUGAAGGGCCUAUACUCUUCCGACCGACUUACCGGUACGACUUGUACUCCGAUGAGUACGAUAGUUCGGAAAAGCAACGCAUACCUGCCUGGACGGACCGCGUGCUGUAUCGGGGAAGAGGACUUGAUUUAGCAGCAUAUAAUCGGGCAGAGCUGAAACAGAGCGAUCAUCGACCUAUUUAUGCUAUAUUUCAUGCCACAGCUCGUGUUAUAGACGUCGCAAAGAAAAACGCACUUCAGGCCCAACUCUUAGGAGAUCUGACACAUACAAACGCUGGUCAAAGUUUAGACGAGCAACUCUCAAAGAUGAGCAUUAAAACUGGAAUUGCCCGCACUCCCCCACCGCCUCCUGCUCCUCCUCGACUUCCUGAGCGUCCUUCACGUCACAAUAACUUGGGCCCCCUGAAGCCCUCUGCGCCUUCUCCUCAACCCAAAGACCCAUUCGACUCGGACCACGAGCAUUCAGCCAGUUCAUCCGAGGAAGAGCUUUAUCGAUCCAGUCUUAUGGUUCCCAUAGAGCCAACUCCAAUAUCCAACUCCACUGUUCGAGCCUGGCCUGUAAAACUCCCAGGAAGCCGAUCAGUAUCUGAAACACGCAGUACUCCAGAUAUUGCGCCACAACUCACGAGCGAUACACAUACGCUCAGUUCUUCAACCAGUUUUGAAAGAGUCGAGAUACCGAACAGCUUAAAGGAAGGGGGGCUACGAACUGCGACCGAAGAGGAGGUGCAUCGGCCGGUAUCGGUUGCAGCUCGGGCGUCCAUGUUUGAGGCCAAGGCCAAGGAAGUCACAUCGCCCACAAGACCUAUCAACGGCCCUCAGGCUUUCAGAUCAGUUAGUGGCAUAACUAAGACAGCGCCUCCUAAACCGCCAAAGCCUGCAUCGCUCUCCUCUCACUCGAGUCCUUGA